UGGAUGUGUUUUUUAUUCUAGCAACAACUAGAUGUUGAAAACAAGCCAUUAUCCUUAGCACUCAUGUACAAAGAAAGUCGUAAAAGGAAAGCAGACAAAAAAUACAAAACAUCUUAUGAGCCCACCCAAAGUAACAUUAUGGAGGAGGUACAAAUUCAAAGUGAAAUUGAUGGAGAUGUUGCAUACUAUGAAGUAAUGAAUAAACCAAAUAACUUAGGCCAUAGAAAAAAGCAACCGAGGAUAUGUUCACUAAGGGGAAAGAGCAACAAACCAAUAAUGUCCGAUGAGUUCUUAAAGCCCUAUAAAGACCAAAUUGUGAGAGAAACUGUAGCAGAAUUAAUGAAGACGCUCAAGCAAAUUGAUCCUGAAGUGUUGGAUACUUUGACUCGAUCACUUGAAAAUGUGUCAUCCAAUCCAGAACUUACAGAUAAUAUUCCCAUUGUACACUCUAAUGAACAACAGCGAAAUAAGGUAAUGGUUAAUAUAUAAUCUUUUAAAAAGCAGUAACUCUUAUUAUUGCGUUAUUCCAUUUUUUUUUCUAAUUGUUUGAUAUACGAUGCUUUCACACAUAGGAUCAAUUGGAUCAAGAUGAAGAAUUAGGAUAGCAAUUGAUGAUGCUACAAGAACUUACUUUUACCGCUGUUUUGCUGCUGUUUUUUGUUGUUACUGCUGUUUUUUUGCUGCUACUGUUGUCUGAUCUGUUGCUGACUCUUGCUACUUCGGUUUGCUGCCACUGCUCUCUGCUACUG